AUGCCCGUAGAUCUGUCGCUCUAUUUGGUCACGGAUUCGACCCCGGCCAUUCUCAAGGGGCGUGACUUAUGUACAGUGGUAGAAAGUGCUUUGCAAGGAGGCGUGACGGUGGUGCAAUACCGGGACAAAACCAAUGACACUGGUCUCCUGGUGGAAACUGCCCGGAAACUACACCAGGUAACCAAGAAAUACAAUGUGCCUCUUCUGAUCAAUGACCGGGUCGAUGUGGCCCUUGCUAUUGGUGCCGAGGGCGUGCAUCUAGGUCAAGAUGAUAUGAACUACACUGAAGCAAAGAAGCUUCUUCCCGAGAAUGCGAUUAUUGGUAUCAGCACAUCCUCAGUCGAAGAGGCCAAAAAGGCUGCUGCAGAUGGUGCCGACUAUAUCGGAAUUGGUACUAUGUUUGCCACCCCCACCAAAACCAAUACCAAGUCAGUCAUUGGGACGGCAGGUACUCAAGUCAUCCUAGACGCCAUUAAAGAUUCCACCAUAGGCACUGUUUCCAUCGGCGGUAUCAACCACUCCAACGUGCAACGAGUGCUCUAUCAGUCUCAGUCACCACAGAAAGCCCUGGAUGGAGUUGCCAUUGUCAGCGCCAUCGUGGCAGCCGACGACCCUAAAGCAUCCGCCGAGCAAUUCGUCCAGCUCAUCCGAAACCCUCCUCGGUUUGCGCAGGCUUCCAAUCCCCCUCGUGCUAACGAGGCCGAGGUCUUGUUGAAUGAGGUUCCCCAAAUCAUCCGUAAGAUGGUAGGGGUGCACCCUCUCGUACACAACAUGAUCAAUUUUGUUGUCUCGAACUUCGUGGCCAACGUUGCCCUUUCUAUUGGCGCAUCUCCCAUCAUGUCUCCAUAUGGUGACGAAGCCACAGAUUUGUGCAAGUUUGAUGGCGCCUUGCUGAUCAAUAUGGGUACAUUGACUAGCGAGAGUGUCCCAAACUACCUAAAAGCCAUCAAGGCAUACAAUGAGCGUGGGAACCCAGUGGUCUACGACCCAGUUGGUGCGGCUGCGACACACAUUCGCCGCAAUGCGGUCACUCAACUUAUGGCCGGCGGUUACUUUGAUCUAAUUAAGGGUAAUGAGGGCGAGAUUCGCCAGGUUUGGGGAAGCAGUGCCGUUCAGCAGCGCGGUGUCGACAGUGGACCAAGUACCCUUGACGGCAAUGAAAAAGCCGCAUUGGCUCGAGACCUGGCUCGCAGGGAGCGAAACGUCGUCCUAUUGACCGGAGCAACAGACUACCUCAGCGAUGGCGAGCGGGUCAUUGCCGUCGAGAACGGCCACCCAUACCUAGGCCAAGUGACCGGAACCGGCUGUGCAAUCGGCACAAUCUCCGGUUGCUUCUUGGCUGCCCACCGCUCCGACAGACUCCUCGCAGUGCUGUCUGGAAUUCUCAUGUACGAGAUUGCAGCAGAGAACGCAGCGGCCAAAGAGUAUGUUCGCGGCCCAGGCAGCUUCGUCCCAGCGUUCGUCGACGAGCUUUACGCCAUCCGCACAGCGGCAGCAAACGGCGAUGACAGCUCAUCUUCCCUCGGCUGCUUCCCCGCAUCUCCGACUUCUCCGAUUCCCCGCGUUCCCCCGCCAAUCCUUCUCUUCUUCUACUUCUUCGACUUUUAUAUCCCAUCAGAAAUCUCCAAUCCUCAUAUAGAAGCUAUCUCCAGCCCAUCGCAAUCAUGGCUGUCUCCACGCGCGCAUCUCGGAUCCGCAAUCCCGCACUCUUGUACGCAGAAUUUCCAGUAUCAAAAGAACAAGGAUAACCCCAAGACCAGAACUGACAGACCAUCCCAACACAGCAUCUGCGAUAUCCAAGAGAAAUUCCGCGCAAUCUACGAGUUCCCCAAACUCGUCUCAACGACAGAAAAAAUGCUCCGCGCAGCCUCAACCCUCCAAAUGCCCGUGUACAUAACCACUCAAAACCGCGCUAAACUCGGCAAUACCGUACAAGAACUCCAACAACACCUUAACGGCCCACACGUUCUCGCCGAUGUAGACAAAACCCUCUUCUCAAUGAUAACCCCGGAGAUCGAGAAGCUUCUCCCAACCCCAGACGUGACGCCCCUCGACGUGAUAAUCGUUGGGAUCGAGACGCACAUCUGCGUGACGCAGACGACGCUCGAUCUCCUCGAGCGCGGUCACCGUGUUUAUAUCCUCGUUGAUGGUGUUAGCAGUAUGAACUCCGAGGAGAGGGGGAUUGCGCUCGAUAGGUUGAGGGAUGCUGGAGCUAUUGUUACGAGUAGUGAGAGUGUGCUUUUUGAGAUUCUGGGUGAUGCUUCGCAUGAGGCGUUCAGGGCUGUUAGUGGGCUUGUUAGGGAGACGAAGGAGAGUACCAAGGGAGCUUUGGGGGCUUUUUCGAAGAUUUGA